AUGAACACGUUCUGUCAAGUUAUCGCGAACUCACCGUACUACGCGAACUCCGUUGCAAAUGGCGGCUUGGCAAUGUCCAAUGCAAUGCCAGUUGUAAACGCUUUAGCGGGGUCUAGCCCUGUCAACACUAUUAUUGGGAAUGGAUUGGCGCAAACUAAUCUUGCAAUGGCCAACGCUUUGCCUGCUGGGCCUGUCCACUCAGCAAUGCCAGGUGAAGCUGCCAUAAACUCCGCCGCCGCUGCAGCUAUCGCCGCAAACGCUGCGAACGCUUUAAGUGCAGGAGUCACUGGAUUGGAAAGUUUCUCUCUCGGCGGGGUGCCCAUGUCCGGCGUGUCCCCAAUGGGUUACGGAGACGUGGCAGUGAUCGGUGAACUACCAGUUGGUGGUUCGACGGCGUUGGCUGGCAACGUUCCAGUGAUUGGAUAUGUUACUUUUGAGGGUACGGUUCCCGCUGGUGGCACAGUAACCCUUGCCAGUAAUUGCGGUUGCUCUAGCCCUACUGUUUAU